AUAUCUCGCUACGUCACUCGUAACAUUGACAAAUUGAUUCAACUCACAAUAAUUUCGUUAAUAUUAAUAUCAAAAAACUAAUUACAACAUGACACUAAGGCAUACGUAAAAGCAAUAGAGUGAUUGCAAGCAAGUUGUCUGUAGAGAGCAGUCUUUGUAUUUUUUCUGACUUUUGUGACGUAAAUAUCGGAGUUACCCUAUAUAAAUGCUUAACCCUUUUGCAUCCGUUAAUUUUUCCAUAACCAUUAAUAGGAAAUUUAUUUUAAAAAAAACUAUCUCUACACUAUUAGGAACAACAAUAAAUAGAGAAAAAAAAUUUCUUUUUCAAAUAGAAUUAAUUCGAGGUUGAGAGGAACAUAAAAUACUUAAACCAAGGUUCAAGUAUUUUAUGUAUUCAAGUAUAAAUACAUAAAAUAUUUAAACUGAAAAAAUAUGUAAUCCAGUUGAUAUUUAGUUAACAGCUUAUCUUAUUAAUGUUCAUUGUGCGUUACAUUCAAUAUUCAUUGAAGAAACUAAAUCCAAAAUUUUAAUUCUUAUUCCUAAUAGCUAAUAUUCCAUUGUGCUUCGAACCUAAAUCGCGUAAAGAUAUAGUGUUUGCGCGAUAUUUUCAAGCGCGCAUAUGAAUGCACGGGAUACAGAAACGUAUCCGAUGGAGUAUCUUCGCGAAAGGAAAAAAUAUAUAUACCGUGUGACGUCAUUUGGAUCUUUCUGAGCAGGCAACGUGGGUAUAUACGCGUCAAGCUCGCGAGGGAAUCGCCCCGCCUUUUACUUUCUUACGAGCUCGUUCUCGGCGCUUUUACGUUCGACAUUUCACGAGGACUGAUGAUACUUAGAAGACGCCGAGGGACACUUUGCGUUCACGCGUGCCGUACAUCCUUGAACUAGAGAGUGCGAGAUGCGAUACGGCACGUAUCAGCGCGUUCGAAGCGUCAUGCACAGAUAUCUGGAGAAGAAUAACGAAGUAAACUUCGACAAAAUAUUUAAUCAAAUGUUAGGUUACCUUUUAUUCAAAGACUUCUGCGAGACUGUAGCGGAGGAACCGAUUCCGCAACUUAGGUUUUACGAAGAGAUCAAGGCGUACGAAAAGCUCGAGUGCCCGGAAGAAAGGAGAAAACUUGCCCGAGAGAUCUAUGACAAUUACAUUAUGAAAGAGUUACUGGCGCAUUCUCAUGAAUAUUCGCAAGAGGCGGUAUCUCACGUACACAAAUAUCUCAUGAAAAAUGAAGUCCCAGUAAAUUUGUUUGAGCCAUACAUCGAGGAAAUAUUUAAUCACCUACGAGGGGAACCGUUUCAGAAAUUUCUGGAAAGUGAUAAGUACACCCGUUUCUGCCAGUGGAAGAACUUACAGUUAAAUAUUCAGCUGACGAUGAACGACUUCAGCGUGCAUCGAAUAAUAGGUAGGGGCGGCUUUGGUGAGGUGUAUGGUUGCCGGAAAGCGGACACUGGCAAGAUGUAUGCCAUGAAAUGCCUGGAUAAAAAGCGCAUUAAGAUGAAGCAGGGUGAAACGUUAGCUCUCAACGAGAGGAUAAUGCUCUCACUAGUAAGCACUGGGGUGGAUUGCCCAUUCAUAGUGUGCAUGACGUAUGCGUUUCACACCGCCGACAAGCUGUGCUUCAUAUUGGAUCUGAUGAAUGGCGGCGAUCUGCAUUACCACCUAAACCAACACGGGGUCUUUAAUGAGCCGGAAGUCAAGUUCUAUGCCGCGGAAAUGAUCCUCGGCCUGGAACACAUGCACCGCCGGUACAUCGUCUACCGUGAUCUGAAGCCCGCGAACAUACUGCUGGACGAGCACGGUCACGUCAGGAUAUCGGAUCUGGGAUUGGCAUGUGAUUUCUCAAAGAAGAAGCCGCACGCGAGCGUUGGCACACACGGAUACAUGGCACCGGAGGUACUCUCGAAGAACACCACAUACGAUUCGAGUGCGGAUUGGUUUUCCUUCGGUUGCGUACUGUACAAGCUCUUGAUGGGACAUAGUCCAUUCAGGCAACGUAACACCAAGGAUAAACACGAGAUAGACCGUAUGACGUUGACGAUGAACGUCGGGAUACCGGAAACGUUUUCACGGGAGUUGCAGUCGCUGUUGGAAGGUUUGCUACAACGGGACAUCAACAACAGACUCGGCUGCCGUGGCAACGGCGCGGACGAGUUAAAGGCGCAUCCGUUUUUCAGUGGUAUCGAUUGGCAGCAGGUGUACCUGCUAAAGUACACGCCGCCGUUAAUACCACCGCGCGGUGAGGUCAACGCCGCAGACGCCUUCGACAUUGGCUCCUUCGACGAGGAGGACACGAAAGGAAUCAAGUUGACGGAGGCGGAUCAAGACCUGUACAAAGACUUUUCUCUAGUCAUCUCCGAAAGAUGGCAGGCUGAAGUGGCCGAGACUGUGUUCGAGACAAUCAAUAACGAAGCGGACAAGUUGGAAAAUAAAAAGAAAGCGAAACAAAAGCAACGGUUUGAUACAGAUGAGAAGGGUUCUGACUGUAUACUACACGGUUAUAUAAAGAAAUUAGGGGGUCCAUUCGCGAGUGCGUGGCAAACGCGUUAUGCGAAGCUGUAUCCGAAUCGGUUAGAAUUACAUCCAGAAUCAGCGACUAAGCCUGAACUCGUGUUUCUCGAUCAAGUUGAGGAAGUAGGGGCGGACCUACAACUUGUUAAGGGGGAACAGUGCAUCGUGAUGCGUACGAAAGACGCCAAAAUUGUACUUACAAUUGCCGAUGAGAUAAGCUUAAAAGAAUGGGCACUCUCAUUAAGAUCGGCACACAAAUGCUCAAUGGAGAUGCUCGGAAAUAUGGCGAGAAAAGCAGGCAAAAUCUACGGGACUGAGCGGGACGCAGUAAUCCCGGCGAUGCAGCGAUCCACGAACGGCAACUAGCCCACUGUCGUCAUGUGCGAUGUCGCACCGUCAUACUCCAGUCCCACUGCCCUGCAGCAGCGACAGCAGCAACUUUUUUUAUACUAAAUGGAUAAUAGAGAGAGAGAGAGAGAGAGAGAGAGAGAGCAGCAGCAAUGGACGGAAAGGAAAGAUUCAAAAAGAGAGCGAGUGAGCGUUUCUUGGAAUGGUAAUGCAAACAAUGCCUCUUCCUUCCGAAAGCUCACUUUGGACUUUAACGUUACGGCGUUAAAGAAAAGCGGAUAAAUCCCUCUUUCGGCACUCCUCGAUCAAAUGGAACGUCCCAAAGAAAAUUUCGUUAUACGGCGGAUAGCGCUGCGCUGUGUAUUAUAGAGACUCUAGCCAAGUAGUGUCGUAUCGUGCGUAUGUUCUCCCAGGGCCAUGAGGAUGAUUCGCGCGCGCCCAUACACACAUCUACGUACAUUACAUAAACACAUACAUGAAAAAAUACAUACACGCAAAUAAUUGCGGCUCCUUCUGGUCACUGGCGCGGGCGCGUAGGCAUCUCGUUAUAUUUGUACAUUAGUUGUAUGUGCAACAUGUGACGUAGCGACUAGCGACCGACCGAGCGACGAACAAAAGUUGACAGAUAACACACAGGAAACACGAACACACAUCCGGUAGUGUAUUAUUAUGACCUAGUACUCUCUACGCGAUCCCGUAUUCUUAUUACUUUUUACGCGUUUCGUCGUACAGCUCGUUUACUUAACUUAUUUACUAAUACAGAGAGAGAAAGAGAGAGAGAGAGAGAGAGAGACCAGUUUUAUAUUAUCCUUACGAUGAAACAAAAGUGACCCAUUAUUUAUUGUGUUGUUAAGUGCGAGAGAAUGAAAGAAAAAAAAAAAGAAAACUCGUUUGUAUAUUAACCAAAAGUGAAUCGAAUACCGAAUGCAUGCAACAUAUGUACGCUCGAGUGGAUACACGCGAGUCCGCUCUGGCAAUAAAAUAUGCGAUGAACGUA